CAAUGAAACGGCCAGGAGUACCUUCACCACAACUCUCUGUAAGACAUGUUCCAACACCAUGUCCGUCACCUCAGCUUUCAGUGAGAGCUGGUUCACCAAUGUCUGUACGCUCUCCAUCGCCGAUCCUCUCACAGAGAAAUGCUCUGCAUAAUGAAUUAAUCAAUCGCGCCUCACUCAGAUCACAAUUUCCAUUGAGCAGCACUCCUCAGCCUCAGAUAAUAACUGAAUUUGCCCAGAGAGUUGAACAAGGGCCAUCUCCUCUACUAACAAAUGCUUUACAGAACCCAAAUCUUGCUGGCGCUUCAUUCAGUUCACCACUUCCAAGGUUUAAAUCCCCAAUGUCACAGAUGAACCAAAGUUUAUCUCAGAGCUCUUCUCCAGCCUUAACAAAUGCAUUACAAAAUCCACUUCUCCGUAAUGCCACUUACCGCUCACCUUUGCAAAGGUCUGCAUCUCCUCAUUCUAUAGUGACACCUCAAGAGGUUCAGGUAAACAAUCAGAUUUCUUCUUCAAUGCUCUCUAAUGCAUUGCAAAACCCUUACCUACGUAAUGCCUCCCUCACUUCCCCAUUGCAAAGAAGCACAUCUCCAUAUUCUCCCACAGCUGCUCAGCAGGCACCGCAGAACAUUUUGCAAUCUUCUUCAGUACUAACUAAUGCACUACAAAAUCCUCAAUUACGCAGUGCCUCAUAUAUCUCACCUCUUCAGCGAAAUACAUCUUUAUAUGCUCCGGUGAUGUCUCAACCUGAACAGCAAACAUCAGUAUUAUCAAAUGCACUUAAGAAUCCUAACUUAAGAAAUGCAUCCUAUACCUCUCCUUUACAGAGGAGUCCUACUCCAUUCGUGCAAGCACAGGAUUAUUCUUCACCUUUGUCAAAUGCAUUAAAGAAUCGAAACCUUCAAGGUGCUUCCUUUCGGCUACCUGAUGGAUCAAUAAUAUCUAGGAAUUUGGCAGGCCAAAAAGAGCAGGCUACUACAUCUGUUCUGUCAAAUGCUUUGCAAAAUCCCAAUCUCCGGAAAGCAACUUAUAGGCUCCCUGAUGGUACGAUAAUGAGAAAUGAGCCAGCACAACCAGCUCAAUCUUCUUCACUGCUAUCCAAUGCUCUUCAGAAUCCUAACAUUCGAAAAGCAAGUUACAGGCUUCCUGAUGGAACACUUGUAUCCAAUACCACUGAUCAAACUGUGGACACAACAAAAUCCUCACCAUACUUGGGAAGUGCUCUACAGAAUAUUAACCUACGUAAAUCUGCCUAUAAACUACCUGAGGGUGCUCUUUUUUCCCGAAACCAACCAGUAGAGCAGUCACCCUCUCCACUUCUUUCAAGUGCUCUUCUGAACUCCAACCUUCGUAAGGCUUCCUAUAGACUUCCUGAUGGAACACUUUUGACUAAGAGCUCUGAACAGGAACAGGAACCAGAGCAAUCAAUUUCAUCUCAUUUGUCAAGCGCAUUGCAAAAUGUUGGUAAGGCCAACUAUCGCUUACCUAAUACCUCCGGCCUGUUUAGAAAUCCUAAACAAGAGCAAGCUCCCCCUUCAAUGCUGUCCAGUGCCCUUCUAAACCAAAACCUUCGUAAAGCAUCUUACAGAUUGCCUGAUGGAUCAAUCAUAACAAGAGGUAAACCAGCUCAAAGUGAAUCACCCACAUCACCCUUUCUGGGAAAUGCCUUGACGAAUGUUAACUUGCGCAAAGCCUCCUACAAGUUGCCGUCAACACUGGGACGUUCUCCAGAGGACCCAAGGUACGCAGUAGUGACCCCUCAGAUUCAGGGUCAGUCUGGUGAACACUGGGCUCAAAAUCAAAUAAUAGAUCUUCAUGAGCCAGAUGAUGUAUGGUCUUCAGAAAGAGUCCUCCCUCAUCAUACUGUUCAGAACCUCACAAAAUGGUCCAUGUAUAGGGAUGAAGAACUGGAGAAUUUUGUCAUCCCUGUGUUUCCCGGCCAAGAGACAGAUAGCACAGAACCUGCAUGGCUACCAGAUAGAGAAGGUGAACCUCAAGGGAACUGGUAUGACAAGGUAACAUAA